ACAUUAUUAAUAUUAAUAUUAUUCUUGCCCCAAAUCAAUCACUGUUUUUCAGCCAAUAACCACUCUUUCUCUCUCUAAAACUUCACCUUACUUUCUCUCUCUUAACUUCCUCUUCUUACAUUCUCUCUCCUCUUGUUACCUUUGAGUUUGCUUCACAGUUGGGUGUGUUUUGUGUCAAAUAAUAUGGACUCAUUUCUCUCUCCUUCGAUUGGAUCUACUACUCUUCAAACUCUUCAGAUUUGAACUCUCCACUCUUAUUUUUCAUUUGGUAUCUCCAUAGAAAUUGGAUCUUUUUAGAAGUGGUGUGUGUACCUUCUGGGUGAUUAAAGAGACCAGCCUGAUGGGUUCUCGGUUCCCAUCCCAUCAACUCAGCAAUGGGCUUUAUGUAUCAGGACGCCCAGAACAACCAAAGGAAAGACCACCUACCAUGAGCUCAGUGGCCAUGCCUUACACAGGAGGUGAUAUCAAAAAGUCUGGGGAACUUGGGAAGAUGUUUGAUAUACAUGUGGAUGGGUCAAGGUCACGAAAAUCUGGGCCUAUCAAUAGUGCUCCUACGAGGACUGGAUCAUUUGGAGGAGCUGCGUCUCACUCAGGCCCGAUUGUGCAGAACUCUGUGAGCAGGGUUUCAUCUGCUAAUGUUGGAGGUUCUGGCUCAGCUUCCAUGAAAAAGUCAAAUUCUGGUCCACUUAACAAACAUGGUGAGCCAGUCAAGAAGUCUUCUGGCCCUCAGGCUGGUGGAGGUGUUUCUCGGCAAAAUUCUGGCCCUCUUGCACCAGUUCUUCCCACUACAGGUUUGAUAACUUCUGGGCCUAUUUCAUCCGGCCCCUUGAAUUCAUCUGGAGCUCCUAGAAAGGCCUCUGGUCCCUUAGAGUCCAUGGGUUCCAUGAAACAUCAUGCUGCAUCAAUUGUACACAACCAAGCUGUGACAAAGCUGACUCAAGAGGAUGAGUAUUCAUUCCACAAGAGCUUCCCCAAACUAAUUUUGUGGGCCAUGGUUCUGCUGUUUGUGAUGGGUUUUAUUGCUGGUGGUUUCAUCCUUGGAGCUGUGCACAAUCCUAUUCUUCUCAUUGUUGUGGUGGUGCUUUUUAGUGCUGUUGCAGCUGUCUUUACAUGGAACACUAUUUGGGGAAGGAGAGCUAUCACAGGCUUUAUUGCUCAAUAUCCAGAUGCAGAGCUUCGAACAGCAAGAGAUGGUCAAUUUGUUAAAGUUUCUGGGGUGGUAACUUGUGGAAAUGUACCUCUUGAGUCAUCUUUCCAAAAGGUUCCUCGAUGUGUUUAUACAUCUACUAGCUUGUUUGAGUAUCGAAGUUGGGAUUCAAAAGCUGCUAACCCCAGUCAUCGACGUUUUACUUGGGGUCUCAGGUCACUUGAGCGGCACGUGGUUGAUUUCUACAUUUCUGACUUCCAAUCUGGGCUGAGAGCUCUGGUGAAGACAGGCUGUGGCGCUAGAGUGACUCCAUAUGUUGAUGAAUCUGUUGUUAUUGAUAUCAACCCAUCAAACAAAGACAUGUCACCCGACUUUGUAAGGUGGCUAGCUGAGAGAAAUCUCUCUAGUGAUGACCGUGUCAUGCGCUUAAAAGAAGGGUACAUCAAAGAAGGUAGCACAGUGAGUGUGAUGGGGGUGGUACAACGGAAUGAUAAUGUGCUAAUGAUUGUUCCACCUCCAGAGCCAUUGCCGACAGGGUGCCAGUGGUCUAAAUGCAUACUUCCUGCCAACCUAGAAGGUAUUGUCUUGAGAUGUGAAGACACGUCAAAGAUCGACGUUAUUCCUGUGUGAAAGCAAGCUAAGCUAAGCUGGGUAUUAUUUAGGAAUCUCACAAUCAUGAAGGUUCUGCUAUUUUGAGAUAUUUGAUGAUUUGUUUAGUGGUUGGUGGUUGUGAUAUUGCUAUUUUUUUUUCUUUUUUUUUUGUUAAUCUCGUGUGUAUAGCUUUUAUAUGAUUCCUUUUUCAUGUUAUGGGUUAGGGUUUUAGAUAUCUUUUGUAAUUGGGAAAUGGCAUGGUUGUUAUAAUGCAAAGGAAAGCCACCGUAUGCCUGAUGAAAGAGAUUGAGAAAUUUGGGUGACAUGUUUAGAUAUGUUGAACAUAUUUUUGAGUAAUAUUGUUUUAUAUUUUUUUA